AUGGCUCCUGGGGCUCCCUCUUCCAACCCCAGUCCUGUCCUGGCUGCGCUACUCUUCUCCUCUUUGGUGCUCUCCCCAGCCCAGGCCAUUGUGGUUUACACGGACAAGGAGGUCCACGGUGCUGUGGGCUCCCAGGUGACCCUGCACUGCUCCUUCUGGUCCAGUGAGUGGGUCUCAGAUGACAUCUCCUUCACCUGGCGCUACCAGCCAGAAGGAGGCCGCGAUGCCAUCUCGAUCUUCCACUAUGCCAAGGGACAACCCUACAUCGAUGAGGUGGGGACCUUCAAAGAGCGCAUUCAGUGGGUAGGGGACCCUCUCUGGAAGGAUGGCUCCAUUGUCAUACACAACCUGGACUAUAGUGACAACGGCACUUUCACCUGUGACGUCAAAAACCCACCAGACAUAGUGGGCAAGACCUCUCAGGUCACGCUCUAUGUCUUUGAAAAAGUGCCUACUAGGUACGGGGUGGUGCUGGGAGCCGUGAUCGGGGGUGUUUUGGGGGGUGUUCUAUUGCUGCUGCUGCUUUUCUACCUGAUUCGGUACUGCUGGCUACGCAGGCAGGCGGCCCUGCAGAGGAGACUCAGUGCCAUGGAGAAGGGGAAAUUGCACAAGUCUGUGAAGGACUCGUCGAAGCGCGGCCGGCAGACGCCAGUGCUGUAUGCCAUGCUGGACCACAGCAGAAGCACCAAAGCUGCCAGUGAGAAGAAGACUAAAGGGUUGGGGGAGUCUCGCAAGGAUAAGAAAUAGCGGUUAGCGGGCCGGGCGGGGGGUAAGGGGUCAGGGGCCGAGGUUUCCAAAGGCUCUCAGAUGGUGGUCAUAGAGAUGGAGCUACGAAAGGAUGAGCAGAGCUCGGAGCUCCGGCCUGCUGUCAAGUCCCCCAGCAGAACCAGCCUCAAGAACGCCCUCAAGAACAUGAUGGGCCUGGACUCAGAAAAGUGA